AUGGUCGGCUUCACAGCCCACCUCCCGCUCCGAGCAGCGAGAUCAGCUCUCGCAUCGAGCCGGGCAUCGGUCGCGCGUCCCGUCACUGGAGAUCGAUACCUCGUUAUCCGGUCCUUCUUCACUCGUCAAGCGCAGACCGCGCCGUCUCUGCUUCAGUCUCGGUCGCUGGCUCGAGCGACAUCCAUCCGUCAGCUCACUCAGCGCCGGUGGCAGUCCACUCCGUCGGGAAAGGAUGAUUGUCCUCACUGCUCGCCCGGCGCGUCGGCUUCCUCGUCGAAGCCCCUAGCCGGGCCUCGGCGAGACCAUGCCCAGGACUACUCGCCCUUCAUCAAGCGGCUGAUGAAGCGGGCGGCGGUGCCCCUCACGUCCACUGGUCGGCCAAGCAAGGAAGAGCUGCUAGGCGCGGCGUCCAGCUGGUGGGAAAGAUUACGAAUCCGUGUCAAGUGGUUCACGAUCAGAGGGUGGAGGCGGUUCAAUACGGAUGACAUGAGUGCCUUUGCGAGCUGGUUCGUCUUGGGUAAUAGUGAUACGACAUUCGUAUCAGCAGUAUUCGCCACUCUCAACUCCUUGUCGUUGCAAGAGUACGCAGCGAGGUGGAUUUCCGACUACAUGACCUCAGAAACAGGAGUGACCGUCAUCUUCGAAUCAGCCAUCGUACCCCGCUGGGGCGCAUCCACCAUUACCUUCCAGAAUGUCUACAUAUCCCGCCGCGCUUCCGACUCCACCUCUCCAACCGGAACCCCCACACCCACCUCAUCAGCUUCCAAGCCCAAAGCUCCCGGUCCCAAAGCAUCCAUUGCCGCCCCGCCCUCGCCUACCGCCUUCCUCUCCUCGUCCCUUUCUCCCGACACCUACUCCUCCUCCCCAGCAUCCGAGACGGACAAUUACACCAUGUUCGACCUGAACCUGGACGAAGUCGAAGUCACCCUCUCUAUCGUGCGGUGGCUAGACGGCAAAGGUCUCGUCAAGGAUGCGAAAAUCAAGGGCGUCCGGGGCGUCGUCGAUCGGCGGUCGGUAUGGUGGGACACCUCCAAGCAGCUCGAGCCGGAAGACUGGCGCCAUGCCACACGGCCCGGAGACUUUGAGUUUGAAAGCCUUCAGGUCGAGGAUGCGCUCAUCACGGUAUACCAGCCCGGCGGGCAGCGGCCAUUCAAUGUCAGUAUCUUCAACGCGGCGAUCGGGCCGCUGAGAAAGCGGUGGAUGUUUUACGACAUGAUGAGCGCCGAGGCGAUUACGGGGCAGUUUGAUAAUUGUCUCUUCAGCCUGCAUAUGCCGCAGAAGUUGGGCAAGGCGAAUGAGUCGGAAGAGGGGUUGGCUCGAUUCCGGAUCGACGGUCUCCCCAUCGAGCACGCUCAGUACGCUACCGGCCACACGGGUCCCAUGUCCUGGAUCACAGCCGGCAAGCUCGAUGCCGUGCUCGACAUCAAGUUCCCUUUCCACCCAGACGAGCAAGUCGACUUCCGAGCGAUCUUUGACGAGAUUGGGCGGAACGUCGGCAAGAUCGCUGGAGGGGACCAUCCGGACUCGGAGGACUCCACGGCUCCCGCGGAUGUCGUUGGAGCAGAGGCGGGCGGGUUCAGAGCGCUCGAAUCUGCCCUCGCCGCUGAAGCUGCUGCAGCUGCGUCUGAGGCGAAGAUAUCCAAUAUCAAUCCCGGAGCGGCCAGGCUCGCGCGACCUCCCCUUCGGGCGCCGAAGGAUGAGGGGGCGGCGAGCAAGGCGGCGGAAGUGGAGAAUGGGAGUAGGAGGGUGACGGUAGAUAUCGAUUUGAGGUUCCGGGAUCUUAAGGCGGCGGUGCCUAUCUACACGACGGAUUUGAGCGUCACGAACAAUGCGCUCAUCCGGCCUAUUGUGGCCUUCAUCAAUGCCAAUCGUACCCUCAUGCCUAUUCACUGUCAAGUCGACGCAGACCUCCGGGAUUUCGAUGGCUCUUGGACGCUGUUCGAGACUGGCCUCAUGCGUUCCAUCUCACAACAGAUCCACUCGGCGCUCACCCACCACGUCUCGUCCGAAGUCGCCAAUACAAAACGGAUCAAGCAAGUCAGUAUCUGGGGCAUCAGGCGAGGGGCGGAGACGCUCCUGGAGACACUGCGAAAUGUGGUGGAUCCGGUUCAUGGGCAGCUGGUGGCGCCUGCUUGA